CCAGGGAGGGACACAUACGGAGAGAUUCAUUGGAAGCUUCGCUCAAAAAAAAACAAAAAACAAAAAUCGGGAAAUGGCGACAUUGCAGAAAUUCAAGCUUCUGGCAACACAGUGUGCAAUCGCCGGAAGUCCAACACGAAGCCCAAGCAAUAGCCCCGUCAUCCAUCUCCGCCGCCGUAAAACCCUACGAAUGCUGCUCAGUCGCAGCAGCGGUAGUGGACGCCAAUUGUUUCGUGGGGGGGAAUCGCCGGAUCGGCAAGGAGUCGUCCCCGAUUCGAAUCCGCCGGAGAAGAGCAAGGGAUUGCUGAGUCACACCCUUAAGGAUUUGUUCAUCUCUUCCCCUCCGCCAAAAGGAAUACAAGAAGACAAUCUCAGCAAAGCCACGGAGAAGAUCAGAGGCGGCGACUUGGAAGCGUUUCCCUCAUCGAUCAUCAAUCGUGAGGAUGGUUCCGCGGCUCGGCGCUUCACUUUUGGAUCGUAUCGGUUCCGGUUAUUGAGUAGAGCUUGGCGACCUGUGCUGAUUGCUAUUCCGGAGUCAAAAGAAACAGCCUAG